GAAGGAACUAAAAAUUAGAGUUUUUGUUCAAAACCGUAAUUAGAAUUACAUAAUUACUACAGUUCACGAAAAACCAUAAAAUGUGCACGUUAAAUGAGUCUGAAUACGAUACUUUUGAAGUAAAAGAAAUAGCGGAAAACACAAACACUUCCUUCCCUAUUAAUACCACAGAAAUGCAUAAUGCUACGCCUUUUUGUAAAAAGUGUGGUAGUCAAGAGGUCCAAGUCUUUUCUAAGAAUAGGAAUGAAUACUGUAAAGUAUGUUUUUUAAAUAUAUUAAGACAUAAAUUUAGAGCAACGUUAAGUAAAUCCAAGUCUAUACGACCGAAUGACUCAAUACUUGUUGCUCAUUCAGGGAAAGCAAAUUCAACUGCGCUUUUACAUCUUAUUAUGGUUGACACGAAUGAAUCAAUCUCCAAAAAGUUGCAACCAUCGUUUAAAGUUCUUUAUAUAGAUGAUGGUAUGGUGAAAGGACGCUCGAUCGAAGAAAGAAAAUCUAUUCGAAAUGCAUUAGCUAACGAAGCUAAGAGUUUGCAAUUGACUACGUACAUUUUACCUUUGUCAAAAUGUACAAGCGAUAGUAUUUCUAAAGAAAUGCAACUAGUAAAUGAUCCAUCAAUGAGCAUAACAAGUGAUGAGGAUACAAUAAUACAAGAAAUGUUUGAUAAUUUGGAAAAUGACACAGCCAGAGAUGAAUUAUUACAGCAAUUAAGACGUAAAUUACUUACAUUCGCAGCUGGUAAACUUAAUUGUAAUAAAAUUUUCAUUGCCGAUAUAUCUUUUGAUCUUGCGAUAAAAGUUCUUGGCGAUGUAUCGACUGGAAGAGGUUCCCAAUUGCCUUUUAACGUUGGCUUCUCUGACACAAGACACACGAAUGUAACAUUACUUCGACCACUCAGAGAUUUUACACAAAAUGACAUAACUAACUAUUUGGACUGUUACAAUCUACAUCCAAUUGUUAGUUCUGACAAAUAUAAUUUCUCUUUUCCUAUAUCUAUACGAAAUGUCACAAGAGAUUUUGUCCAUAAAUUGGAUUCUGAAUUUUAUGGCACUGUAUCCACGAUAUAUCGUACCAGCGAAAAAUUAGCUACAAAGAUAGAGCGAUUUAAUAAUGAGAACAAUGAUACAAAGGUGGAUGCUAAUAUUAAAAAGGAUAAUAACAUCUGUAUACUUUGUGAAUUAACUUUAGACUCGUGUUAUUUACCAAAAGAACAACUAUCGGUUGUACAAGCGAAAUUGUUUUCUAAAUUAGUUUCUACAAUUACCGAUACCUCAUUAAGUGAGACUAUGAAUUCGUUAAAUAUUUGUGAACAAUCAGAUAAUGAGCAAAUUGAAAGCUUAAAUGCUUUAAGACAAAAAAAAUGUCAGUGUCAAAGUGACAUUCAUAAGUCUUUUCUGACACAAUCGACAAUUGAAAAGUAUCUAUGCUAUGGUUGUAGACUAAUUUUCUUAAAUUCAAAACAAGUAGAUAAUAUUUUGCCUAAUUUUAUUUUUGAUGCAGUCCAAAAAAGAUUACAAGUUGCAUGUUUACGAGAAGAGAUAAGAGAUUUUUUAUUGUAAUUGGUGGAUAAAAGAAUAUUUAUUUAUAUUAAGAAAUACUUUACAUACUAGAUAGAGGAACACAAUUAAACACAUUUUACUUUUAAACAUUCUUAACAGAGUAACUUUUGUAACAGAGAUAUUUCGAAUAACUGUUAACUUUAUGGAAAUGAUAUAAUAAAAUACAAUAUUUAUCAUAUUUUGUAUUUCUUAUAGCUUCCUGAUAUCUCAAAUUUUAUAAAAUUUAUUAUUUUCCUGUCCGCAUUUCAUACGGAUCCGCACGUCGCCGGCAUCAGUAAGAAAUAUUCUUUCCUUGCAUAGUAUCUUUUCACUCUUUACCGAUAUAAACAUUUGCAUGAUGAUGGAGACUGCUUGGCCUAUCGACUGGAGAAUACAUCCAAUUAAUAAAUAAUUAAUGUAUAUGUAUAUGUGUAAAUGAAUGAAACUAAAAUAAUUAUAAUAAUUUUUAUAAACAUUAUAACAGUAACAAUAAGCUAUAGUGCAAUAUACGAAUAAAGGAUGAAUCACGAAGCGUGAUCAGCCUGGAUUAUUUUAUUGUUAGUGGGCUGAUCGAAAAUUUUGUCUCAUAUAAUAUGGUUCAAAGAGAACUUUAACAAAAGUUAUUUAUAAUAUAUGCACAUGUAUAAUGGAAAAUAAUCUUGAUUGUUGGAUAAGUUAAUUUCAUCUCAUUAUUAUAACUUAUAAUAGAUGGCGAUAGUAGCAAAAUUAUCUGGCUGUAUUGGCUCGUUACCCUAUUACACAACAAAGUAUUCAAGGAAGUAACUAUUGAAUUAUUUGGAAGUGCAACGACUUAUUUGAGUAAAAUUUAUUUAUUAUAUACGCAUAUUUUAUUGGGUAAUAUAUUAUCUUAUCUAUAGCACGUACUUAUAUCAUAAUAUAAAAACAAAUAAGAUAAAAAAGAAGCAAUACAGAGGUUAUAUUAAUAAAAGUGCAAAGUAUCUAUUUCAAUGUUGUAGUCAACUCAGUUAUUUUCUAACCAUGGGUGAAAGUAAUGUUGAAAGCUUGCGGAAGUUGCGAAAUAAAUACUAUACCUACUCUGGUCCUUUGAUACGUUUUCCGUUGACUGAAAUAUUGUCAAUAAAUUUACAUAGUCAGCAUGAAAAUAGAUGCAACAAUUUUGAGCUUCGUUUAGCCGAAUGUAUCGAAGCAUAUGGAUUUUAUAAAGGAAUAGAGAAAUGCGGAGCAGUACUUAAUGAUUUUCAAGAAUGUAUGACCCAAGAAAAACGCAGGAGUAGAUAUGAAUUAAUAUGUGGAGAAUUUAUUCGUCAGGUCGAAGCUGGAGAAAGAAAUUAUGAGAAAGUACCGUUUAUUGCUUUCUUUUAGAAUUUAUGUUGAAAUGUAAAUAUAUAUAUGUAAAUGUCAAAAGCAACUUAAGUAGUCAACGGUGCAUCGAAUAAGUAAAAUAUUUGUUCAACAUCAAACUGGAUAAAUGAUUAAUAAUGACAAAUUAGAAGGAA